AUGACUCGCAGAAAAGCAAAACGCAGUGCCAAUGUGCUGGACAAGUGCUUCCGUCUCCUGCGCUUGAAGCACGAGGUGCAAAAUGACGCGAGAGUGAUGAAAACCGUAGUUGACGAAGUGGACGUGCUACGUUUGUGCCAUUCACUAGGCAUGGCCGUGUCAGACGAGGGCAACAGAGCGUUAAUGCACAAGUUCGAGCUCGGAAUGUUCAGCCCCAGCAAAUAUGAUACAGACUUUGUCCGAUUUGUUCGUGAGAAGUUGGAUAUCGGAGGUGGGAGCUCUGCAGAAGAGCAAGAGCAGCUUGAGAUUGGCUCGUUGUUUGGCAAGCAGGCGAAAGUGAAAACUGAACUGGUUCGCAUGGGCUUCUGGAGCUGCGAGUGCGGGAAUAAUCUAUCGCUUCAAGACCAAGGCGUUUACUGCACUGAACGGGACGGUGAACACGGAGAUCGUCGGCAUGCCAGUCUCUUCGAAGCUGAAGUCAUUCGAGAGACACUGGCCUACGUUCUUCGCUUCUUGAUAUCGCUGAGCUCCAAUAUAACGUGCUGUCUUUCACAACAAGAUUAUCAACGGAUCGAGAAUGAAGUUCACGCGGCGUGUGAUGUCACUACGACGCAGUGGAAUUCGUGCUCAGUGGCGUUCCGGGUUCAACGACAAGAUGAACAGAGUGACAGUGUUCGCUGUUCGAAGCCUACGAAGACGUUGAUUACUAGAUCUGAUCCGAUCAAGAGCGUUGAGUUCAUUGGUGGUGCUUUCCCUGCUAUUGCCGUCGAAAGUGCAAAGGCAUCAACGACGGAGUGGGUUACAGAUAAUUCCUACAUGUCGUCUACCGAAUUUGCGGAUUGGGUUCUGGACAAACAUCAACGAUACGCGUUAGAGCUUCCACGUAAAGAACUACCGGAGAGUAUACGAGUCUCUCUCCUCAACAAGUUCGACCACUUCCCGGAUCUGCAGGAUUUGGGCCGCAGAAGCGAUGAACAGCUAGAAAAGCUAAGCACAGGAUUACUGGAGACGUUUCCGAGAUGA